AUGACCUGGUUAUUAAACGCACGAGUCCCGUCGUCCAGCUCUUCGGAGCCACACAGAUUGGUGCCAAAGACAGCUGAGAGGACAUACAAUGAUUGUUCAAUCUUCAGACUUUUCGAAGCCGAAUUGGUGGUCGGUUGGCUUGCGUCAUUGAACGUACACAGCACCACUGCUCUCCAUCCAUGCGUGAUCAUACACAGCGCCAGUGGGGCACGCCAUUUUAACUCCGCGACAGACCAGGCGUUGGAAAGGCAACCCACGGCGCUCUUAGCAUGUGACCUUGACAUGUCGCAAACAGAUCAUAUAUUGGAUUUUAUUGGACUCUAUUCGGAUCAGGACAAUAAUUCUUGGUCUGUUGCGCAUGAGAAUCGGACGGCGACACUGGGGCAUCCUAAGCUUUUCUCCCAGCCACUGAUGUACCACGGCUACCUUUGA